AUGGAAGAACAACUCCGUGCCUCGCAACCCCUGAGUUCGGUAGAAAUUCAAGAACGAAAACGAGCAGCUCAGAUGCUCGACAUGGAUCGAAUCCAUCAGCAGAUGCUCUUCAAGGACGAAAGAAUUGUUGAGUUGAACAACGUCAUCCUGGAUAAGGAAAGGCAAAUCCUCGAUCUACAGGAAUUAUGCCGCGAACAAGGCGAGGUGGCCAGCGUGACAUCCCAGGCGGCACGAAUCGUCCAGAAGCAAUGGGAGGAUAAAAAUCGCGAAAGACGUGAAAUUGGUACAGAGACGGACGCUUCCCUGUGGAAUGAGGUUAGGCCAGUGGCAACCGGGAAGGUCGUGCUCAGAAGUGAUUCUCCACGGGCCGAACGGCUGUGCCUAGUAGCCAAGUUCUGUAUCAUCGAUCGAGAUUUUCUUUAA